UGGCGCAAAAAAAAACGCCAUCAAAAUGGCUACAAUCUGUAAGUCACUCCUGCGAGGGAGAUUGAAGGUCAAGCUCUAGAGUGAUUGCCAGCAAAUGGACUGCUCGACCCAUUCGGUUGUUUGGAGGCUCAGAGCUCGACACUACCUGAGCCACGAGACCCGACGACGUAGCUAAAUGAGGGCAUCUGUGAAACAAGUCGUCAUCGAAGCUAAUCAUGGACAUGCCACGUAGUGGUUUCUGUGCUCUUGCUCAGCCUCGAGUCUGUAGAUGCCCAGAGCUGAUGUUCGAGCCAAUUGGGCGUUGCCUAGACACCUGUAUUAAUAGCGACGAGACCGAGAGGUGGCGUCGUUGCAUUUGUGCAGGGACGGAGUUUAUUUCUGUGAAGAAGAAGACUGGUGAUAAAGGAGGUGGCGGGGUUUCAUUUUUAAACUUCCGCUACCAUUUUGGCGAAACGUGUGCAGCUUCCCACUCCGACAGUAGAGCCCCCGCGCGCAACAGAAACAGAGCCGCCAGCCCCUGCUCGCUUGCGCCCUGCCCCACAUCGUUCGCAACCGUCGAAGCAGUAGCGCUUCGGUAGCCCUCGACAGUAAGCAAAGGCAACACAGAGUCAACAUGGGGCUCUGUGCUUCCCAGAUGAGCGAUUCCGAUCGGCAGGCGAUGGCUAAGUCCCGCGAAAUUGAAGCCAAGAACGAAGAGGCUCACCGCGUGGAGCAGGAGAAGGUCAAGCUGCUGUUGCUAGGUGCAGGCGAGUCAGGCAAGAGUACGGUCUUCAAACAGAUGAAGAUUUUGUAUGGUGCAGCUCUAACCGAAGAGGAGAAGCGCCAUUGCACACCCAUUAUCUAUAACAACGUGGUGACGUCCAUGAAGAUGCUGAUCGAGCAGUGUACGGAAAUGAAACUGAAGGGCGAAGUUGUGUGCGUACAAGAUUUCGAGGAUAUUCGGACGCUGAGUGAUGAGGCAGAAGUGAACCCGGUCAUAGGACAGAAGAUCAAGAACCUUUGGACAGACCCUGGCAUUGUGGCUACGUGGAACCGACGAGCUGAGUUCCAGAUCAUCGAGUCAGUCAAGUAUUACUUCAAUGACCUUGACCGCAUCAUGCGCGAUGACUACGCAGCGACGCAACAGGAUAUGUUGUACGCACGUGUGCGUACAUCCGGUAUCGUAGAAGAACGGUACCAGAUCGAUGGCGCUACCUUCGUCAUGUACGAUGUCGGUGGACAGCGUAACGAACGUAAGAAGUGGAUCCACUGCUUCGAGGACGUGACGGCAGUGAUUUUCGUGGCAGCGCUGAGUGAGUACGAUCAGUCUUUGUACGAGGAUGCGUCCACAAACCGUAUGAUCGAGGCCAUCACUUUGUUCGACGAGAUCAUCAAUAACAAGUUCUUCCUGAACUCUGCUAUGAUCCUGUUCCUUAACAAGAAGGAUUUGUUCCAGGACAAGAUCAAGAAGGUGGACCCCAAGUCGGUGGAGGUGUUCAAGGACUUCCCCGGUGGCAUUGGCGACUACGAGCUGGGAGUGCAGUAUUUCCUUGGAAAGUUCAUGGAGAUGAACCGCCAGCCCGAGAAGGAAAUUUACCACCACGUGACGUGCGCUACCGACUCGCAGAACGUCCAAGUCGUGUUCAACGCCUGCAAAGACAUUAUUUUAAAGCAGAAUAUCAAGGGCUCCGGCUUCAUGUAGGCAGGCGCAAUGACUUGUACGACAACGGAAAACGCACGUCGACCAGAUAACUGACGGACGACACGCCUUGAGGUCGAGGAGCGUGUGCCAAGCGAAGCGAGAUAAGCCUAUUAAGCGCCAGCCUAGCAUACCCCCAGCGCUUCCCCACCUUCGCCGGCUCGUAGGUAGUAGAAAGAGGUGGACUGCGUAGAACAAUUUAUAUACAUUGACCCUUCUCCCAUUUAGCCUCUUGGUCUUGCCUGCAUUACAUACACAUCAAUAUCAUGGACUUAAUGCUGGCA